AUGGAAGAGACCAUGGAAGAGACAAGAUCUUCUACUCCAGGUAAGUCGAAGAAGAGGGUUGUGAUCAAGAUCAAGGCCAAGAGAGCCGCGAGCAACACUGCUCGUCUGGUUGGAUGCGCGGGCGUGGCAGUCGUGGGCCUAGUCGUGGAUGUUCCAGCGGUUUGCGGCAUAGCCGUGGCCAAGGCUCCAGUUUUCCUGUGGAAGGGAUGGAAGCAAGAGGUGAUCAACAUGGAAGAGUGCGUGGAAGAUGGCGUUUGCUCGAGGCCGAUUUGCUUGCCAGUCACGGGCGCCAUGCUCGCGCUCUGGCCCGCGAGAGUGGCCGCGUCUCUAGGAUCCGCGCUGCUCUACAGCCUCGCAAAGGGCUUCAACGGCGCGGUGGUGGCUUACCGGGAGAAAUCCAUCCGCUGUGGCCUCAAGCACGUCAUCGCGGCCAUCGCCGAGUAUGACGAGCUCAGCAACGACAUGAUCCAUCUCAGGCAAGGGACUUGUCUCCCAAAGCCGGCGUAUAGGAAGAAUCACCGCCAUCGUCACCGCCGCGAUCAAGAACCAGCUGAUGAUCUAGUACACGAGCGCGAGCAGCAAAAGCGAGGCCUGGGCGUUUCAUUCCACGUGAUUCGCGAGAUGGAUCUCGGCGAGCUCUUCGAGUUCAUGAGCUCCGGCUAUGGCCCGCGCCUGAUCGAGCAGGGCCUGCUGGCCUCCACCGACAAGUUGACCGUGGAGUCGGCAGCGUUGACUAUUCUUUCGUACUUGUUGACGUCAACGAAACAAGAGGAACGCGGACAUGACCAUUACUACGAUUCGCUGGAGACCCUGCAACGUCAGAUCUUAGAGGCUGAGCUGGAUGCCACGGAGGAGCAGUACCUCUAUGACAUGGUGCUGCGUCGGCAGGGCGGUUUUCGCGAGCUAGAUCCAAUCCGUGGCGCGAUGCUGCAGGCCUUUGGACGUAGGAUCCGAGGAAUCUCCGCGUUCUUGUCCAGGAACCCAGAGUUUCGGAAGCAGUAUGAGGCAGCCAUGGAUUCUACUGCUGCUAGCACUGCAUUGGAUCAUCCAGAUCGAUCAGUGGUAAUGGAGGACAUGAUAAGUUUCGAUUGA